AUGGCGAAGAAGGAAGGGGAAGAGAAAGAGGAGUACUACUGUAAGAUGCACAGCAACAAGUUCUUCAUCCUGUGCGCGGCGGGCGGCGCGCUGGCGUGCGGCACCACGCACACCUUCGUGACGCCGCUCGACCUCGUCAAGUGCCGUCUGCAGGUCGACCCGCAUCGCUACAAGUCCAUCGCGCGAGGCUUCCUCGUCUCCUUCAAGGAGGGAGGCGCUAAGAACCUCGUCAAGGGCUGGGCACCCACCUUCUUUGGAUAUUCCAUGCAGGGUGCAGUCAAGUUUUCUGGCUACGAGUACUUCAAAUAUAGAUAUGCCAAUAUGGUCGACGAGGAAACGGGAUAUAUUUACAGAACAUACCUUUACUUGGCUGCGGCGGCGUCGGCAGAGUUCAUUGCCGAUUUCUUCCUCGCCCCACUCGAGGCUACGAAAGUUCGGAUGCAGACGACGCCGGGGUACACUUCACAGAUGAGAAGGGCCAUGCCACACAUGCUCAGCACGGAAGGGAUGGGGACGUUCUACAAGGGCAUAGUGCCGCUGUGGGGCAGACAGGUGCCCUACACCAUGAUGAAGUUCGCUUCAUUCGAGAAGACUUUGGAGUUUUUGUACGAUGCAGUGGUUCCGAAGCCGAGGGCCCAAUGCACGAAAGUGGAACAGUUGAUAGUGACGUUCACUGCGGGGUACAUCGCGGGCGUACUGUGCGCGAUAGUGUCGCACCCCGCUGACACGAUUGUGUCUAAACUGAACAAAGAGCCGGGUUCUAGCAUCGGCGGGAUCAUCAAAGACGUAGGGUUCGCUGGCAUCUGGCGCGGCUUGGUGGCGCGUAUCAUCAUGAUCGGCACACUGACGGGCCUGCAGUGGUUCGUGUACGACGCCUUCAAGGUGUACACGAGGAUGCCUCGCCCGCCGCCUGCAGAGAUGCCCGAGUCACUCCGGAAGAAAUUAGAAGAGGAGGAGAAAUUGAAAGCAGCGAAAAAAUAGCAA